UUUUACUCGCGUCCGGUCCGCUGGCGGGUGCACUUUCUUUCCGCCGCCGUCGCCGUCUCUCAGUGGAAGCGGCACUCAGUACGACGCGAUAACUCGGUUUAGUGUGCACACGGUCGCGACGUCGUAUAGGAGGUAACCACUUACCGCGGUGUGUAAUACGCGCGACGCGUCUGGAACAUCGUCACAUCGCUCGGACGGCCGCUCGUCGCACUCGCCAACAAGUACGCGCUCGAUCGCUAUCCGUAGCUCGCUCGUGCGGACGGACGAACGCGCGCGCAGACCGCGGCCACCGCGCGUUUAUGUUGCUCGGCCGCCGUCGACGAUGCGGUCGCAGCAGCUGCAGCAGAUGGUGGUGCACGUGUGUAUGCUGACCGCGGCCGUCGCCUCGACCGUCGGCCACGGAUCGGCCACCACCCCGGCGUCCGCGUCCACGGACAACGACGACGACGGCACGUCCAGACCCGACAGGCAGGACGACAAGCGAAUAUUCUUUGACGACAUAUUUGGUUCAGUCAGCUACGAGCCCGAGGAGAAGUUACCUGUGUCCAACUGCACUUGCAAUUGUGGAGUGCCCAACCAAGAAAUCCGCAUAGUGGGUGGCCGCCCCACCGGGGUGCACAGGUAUCCAUGGGUAGCGAAACUCAUGUACGAAAGCCAUUUCCACUGCGGCGGAUCACUCAUCAACAGCGAUUACGUGCUAACCGCAGCUCAUUGCGUCCGGAAAUUGAAAAAAUCUCGUAUACGUGUGAUAUUCGGCGACCACGACCAGAGCACGACGACCGACGGUGAAACGAUUACCAGGAUGGUAUCUUCGAUCGUGCGUCAUCGAAACUUUGACGUGAACUCGUACAACCACGACGUGGCUCUGCUACGGCUGCGGAAGGCGGUACCGUUUACCAAAUCAGUGAGGCCGAUAUGUUUGCCGUUAGCUACCCGCGAACCGUCUGGAAAAGUAGGAACCGUGGUCGGUUGGGGCCGUGUGUCAGAAGGUGGAAAUCUGGCGGACGUUGUGCAAGAAGUUCAAGUGCCGAUCCUGUCGUUGGCACAGUGCAGGGCUUCAAAAUACCGACCACAGAGAAUCACCGCCAACAUGAUUUGCGCCGGAAAGGGAGUCGAGGACUCUUGUCAGGGUGACAGUGGAGGUCCCUUGUUGAUAAAUAGCGAUGUCGAUGACAAGUUGGAAAUAGUUGGCAUAGUGUCUUGGGGCGUCGGCUGUGGUAGACCCGGUUACCCGGGCGUGUAUACCAGAGUUACCAAAUACCUGGAUUGGAUUCAAAAGAAUAUGAGGGACACCUGCGCUUGCGUGUACAAUAAUGUACAGCUCUGCGAUAUCACAGCGUUCAUGACACCGAGUCGCCAAGGUUCGUUUGUCGCGGGCGUUCUGCUCGUAAUAGCAUGUGCAACGCAACAGGGUCAUGGCAUAAGAAACGUAUUCACAGACUUCGGAUUUCGCAGACCUACGCCUCAAAUCGCAGUGAAUUCGGUCACCAAAAAUGGCCAAGAGUGCGACUGCAGUUGCGGAUCUCCGAACGUCGACACUAAGAUCGUGGGCGGUGACCCUUCGGGUGUGCACGAAUACCCCUGGAUGGUCCGUCUGUCGUAUUUCAAUCAAUUCUACUGCGGCGGUACGCUGAUCAACGAUAGAUACGUGCUGACGGCUGCUCAUUGUGUCAAAGGAUUCUUUUGGCCGCUGAUCAAAGUCACCUUUGGCGAACACGAUUAUUGCAAUGCCACUAGAAAACCGGAAACCCGAUUCGUCUUGAGGUCCAUCGUAGGUGAGUUCAGUUACCUGAAUUUCCAAAACGAUUUGGCGCUGUUGAGGCUCAACGACCGAGUGCCGAUGUCUGCUACAAUAAAGCCCGUUUGUUUGCCGACCGACACAAACGACACGUACAGUAACGGCGUGGGAAAGGCUGCCGGUUGGGGUACGCUGUACGAGAACGGAAGUCCGUCGUGUCACCUGAGACAAGUGGACGUGCCGAUAAUCGACAACAAGGAGUGCGCCAAGACCAACUACACAGGUGACCUGAUCACGGAUAACAUGAUUUGCGCGGGGCACGAGAUGGGUGGAAAGGACUCUUGCCAGGGUGAUAGCGGUGGACCGCUGAUGAGACUCAUGGAAAACAAACGGUUCGAGAUCAUCGGGAUCGUGAGUUGGGGUCACGGAUGCGCCCGUCCUGGAUAUCCUGGAGUAUACACCAGAGUUGCCAAAUAUUUACCUUGGAUCAAAGAAAACUCCAAAGAAGGAUGUUAUUGUUCGCAAUGAUAAGAAAAGUGAGGAGACAAUACUAAAUAUACGACUGGAAAUUUCAAUAUAUAUAAUAUAAACCUACCUAUAGAUACAUAGUAGGAAUAUUAUAGUAAUAUCAUGUUUAAACGAGGAGGCAUAAUUUAUUAUUAAUUCAAAGCUAAGAACUUACCUAGGUAGUUAUCAUAUUAUAAUAGUACCUACCUACAGGGGCGGCACCGAGGGGGUGGCCUAGGCACCACAGCGCCCCCAAGCUCUAUUUCUAAACAAUUUUAUACUGUUAAAAUCAAAAUUACCAAAAAAAUCAUCAAAAUUUUCUGAAAAUUAUUACUUGCUCCCCCCCUCUACUAUGCCUCUGGAGCCGCCCCUGCCUACCUAUCGUUAAUUAUUGUGAUUGAAUUAUAUAAAUAUAGAAUAAACUGGGUGCAUCAUGGACAUGGAAAUCUGACAAUUAAAAUUGAAGGCUUCAGCUUCAGUGCAGUAAUGACUAACAAACUUUGGUAGGUACUUUAGUAACUUUAAAAUAAUCUACACUAAAACUAAACUACACUUUAAAGGUUUAAAAUGCAAUAACGGCUUAGGUGCUGCUAUGUAGUGAGUAUUAAGUAAAAGUGGCUUAGACCGUUUAUGUAUGGAAUUGUUUGGUGUAUAUUUGCUAUUAAUGUAACUAACUCAAAUAUUGUAGAUUAGUUAAUUAUUGUCAAUUAGUAGUUUGUGAGUUAAGCCAUUACAGCACUGAAGGCCUCAAUUAAAAAUUACAUUAUUUAAAAUUUAAACAUGUCUUUCAACAUCUUCAUGAAACAUCCUAAAUAGUGUACACUGUGUUAAUUUUAGUUGUAAUCAAUAACCCUAUUUAAAUUUCUAUUUAAAAAAAAAAAAAAAAAUUGUUUUUUAAUUCAUAUAUUAUAAAUCAUGGUAAAAUAUGGUAAAUUACCAUUAGUAAUAUUAUAUUCCAUUAAAAUAAACGCACUACCUUCAUCGUGAAAUAGGGUUUAUGAUUUUCUAAUUAAUUAACAUACAGUAUAUUAUUGUGUAAAAUUAACAGAAAAGCAUUUACAAAAAUUUGUGUGAAUUUUUGAAUGUUAAAUAAUUUUGUUACGUAUAUUAAUUAAUAAACCAUAAAUACAUAAACUUUGCAAAUUUGUAAUUGGAAUAAAUAUUAGAUACAUAUUUAAAAUGUAUAAAACCUGAGCAUACAGCUAAAAAUAGUUAUGUGCCGGGUUGCGUGAACAAUCAAUAAACAUUUAACGAAUCAAUAGUGAGCUAAUGGUCCAUUAAAUUAAUAAAUUUUUCAUGCAUCCCAGACAAAAGUAUUUUAUUUUUAAAAUUGAUAAGUUAUUUAAACUCUAUAUUUAAUUUUUAAUAAUAUUACAUAAUAAGUAGAUACAAUGACAAUUUAGUUAAUAUUGAAGUAUAAUAUACACUUGUAAGAUCAACAAUAAAUGUAAUUAUAUGGCCAAUGUAAAUGUUUUGAUUUUAUUUGAAGUCUUGACUCUUGAAAUUCUUAUUUUACAAUUUGAUCAUGACAGAUCAUUAAUUAAAACUUUUCAGUAUCCUAUAUUCCUAUCCAAUUAUGUAAAUUCUAUUGGGGAGACUAAACCAGUGGUAUGUUUAUCACCAUAUUGUUUUUUUUUAUAAUUUAUGCUGUAACGCAUAAGUGAAAUUUGGACAACUGUAUUUUUUUUUUGGAGGGGGGGGGGCUAAAUUUACAAAAUCAACAGACCUGCAGGGGUUACGCCCCGCACUCCAUCUCCCACUUAUAAUCAUUUUCAUAGCGUUAUCUUUGUUAUUUUCAACAAUUUUUUAGAGGAAAUCUCAUAGAAUUUAAAAAUGUUAAACAUAUUAUUGUUCUUGAUAUUAUUUAACUUCCAAAAACAUCUGAUGUUAUGUACGUCUACACAACUAAAUAAAUGAAACACGCAAUGAGGUAGUUAACCACUAUACUUUAUUUGAACACUAUGUUAAUACAAAAAUACACAGAUUUGUGGAGGCUUUGUUGGACUGACAAUGACUGACUCGCCUUGGGGA